ACUUAACAACAAGAAGCCAAAAAAGAACUAGAAUCAGAAAAAUCUCUGUUUUCCUCUAAAAUCAAACACACUCCACUGAGUCUACUUCUUUUUUUUUUUUUUCUCUUCAAGAGUAUUCGUUUUUCAAUGGCAGGAAUUCAAAUAUUUUCUUGUUUUACUGAAAAACCUCAUGUUCUCUCUUCACAUUCAUUUUCUUCUUUCACUAAAUCCCACCAUUUUCCUGUUAAUUUCAAAACCCAUCUCUCCAAACCCCUCAAAUUUCAAUCUAGUAUUUCCUGUGAUUACAAACCCACUUUGAAUUCUGCUUCCUCAGAUAGCAAUUCCAAUGAAAUUGACGACAAACUUAGAGAAGAAUGCGGUGUUGUAGGAAUUUAUGGUGACCCAGAAGCUUCAAGACUCUGUUACUUGGCUCUCCAUGCACUUCAGCACCGUGGCCAAGAAGGUGCAGGAAUUGUUACAGUUCAUGAAAACAUUUUGAAAUCAGUAACCGGUCUUGGUUUAGUUUCUGAGGUUUUUAAUGAAUCAAAACUUGAUCAACUUCACGGCAAUCUAUCAAUCGGUCACGUUCGUUAUUCUACGUCAGGUUCUUCAUCAGUACUAAAGAAUAUUCAACCUUUUGUUGCUAGUUAUAGAUUUGGUUUAGUUGGCAUUGCUCAUAAUGGAAAUUUGGUUAACUACAAUUUACUUAGAAAUUUUCUUGAAGAAAAAGGUUCAAUUUUUAAUACUACUUCAGAUACUGAAGUUAUUCUUCAUUUGAUUGCUAAAUCAAAAGCCAGACCUUUCAUACUUCGAAUUAUCGAUACGUGCGAAAAGAUCCAAGGAGCUUAUUCAAUGGUGUUUAUAACAGAAGAUAAAUUAGUUGCAGUUCGUGACCCUUAUGGCUUCCGGCCGUUGGUUAUGGGUAGAAGAAGUAAUGGAGCUUAUGUUUUUGUUUCUGAAACUUGUGCAUUAGAUUUGGUUGAUGCAACCUUUGAAAGAGAAGUGUAUCCUGGAGAAGUGAUCGUUGUUGAGAAAGAUUUAAGUAUACAAUCAUUCUGUUUAAUGCCUCGUCGAGAUCGUAAAGCUUGUGUUUUUGAACACAUUUAUUUCUCGCUGCCGAAUUCGGUUGUUUUUGGUCUUUCGGUUUAUCAAGCCAGAAGAGAAUUCGGUGAGAUUUUGGCAAUGGAAAGUCCUGCUGAAUGCGAUUUUGUAAUAGCGGUACCUGACUCCGGUGUCGUUGCUGCACUUGGGUAUGCAUCAGAAGCUGGGAAAUCAUUUGAACAAGGUUUGAUAAGAUCACAUUACGUUGGAAGAACUUUCAUUGAACCAACACAGGGAAUUAGAGAUUUCGCCGUUAAGUUGAAACUAGCUCCAGUGAAGGCAGUAAUUGAAGGUAAAAAAGUUGUUGUUGUGGAUGAUUCCAUUGUUAGAGGAACUACUUCGAAAAAAAUUGUUAGGCUGUUGAAAGAAGCUGGAGCUAAAGAAGUGCAUAUGAGGAUUGCUAGUCCAACACUGAAAUAUCCUUGCUAUUACGGUGUCGAUAUUCCGGAUUCAAGCAAGUUGAUAUCGAAUCAAUUAAGUGUCGAAGAACUUCGUGUAUCUAUUGGUGCUGAUUCACUGGCUUUUCUUCCACUAGAAAAGUUAAAGAAUGUGAUGGGAGAUGGAUAUUGUUAUGCUUGUUUUGAUGGGAAAUAUCCUGUUUUACCACAACCCAUUGAAUGGGAUUACUAGCUCAAAGAGAAGAGGAUAGAUACUACUAGCUCAAAGAUAAGAAGAUGGAGACUCUUGAGGACUGAUUCAGCGCCUAAAUAUAUUGAACUGAUAUGUAUUUUCUUUGGCCAGUGCAGGGUUUCAAACCUGAGCUAAAGUAAAGAGCCAUUUUAUACUUUUAACUAUAGUGACGAUGUUGUUAUUUUUACACUAGUAACUUUUAUCGCACAUAUCUGAGCGUUUUUUUUAA